CCUUGCUGGCUUAUGCAGUAUAUCCGUUUCCUGUGGAAGUGUGGAUCGGCUUGUAGUUUAAGGUAACUCAGUUAAAGAGAAUCAAAGUCUAUUUGAUUUAUUUAUUAAUUAACUUAAUUUGUUUUCCAAUUUAGGAUUAAAUUUCCAACAUGGGAAUAAAACCUUUUGUCCAACGAGGAAGAGUUGCCUACCUCACAUGUGGUGCUAACUAUGGAAAAUUAUGUGUUAUUAUUGACAUAAUUGAUCAAAAUCGUGCUCUGGUUUCUGGUCCUACAACAGGAGUCCGUCGCCAACCCUUAUCUUUUCAAAAGAUGAAGUUAACUAAAUAUAUUCUCAAAGAUGUUCAUCCAACAAUUGGAGAUAAAGCUUUGAGUUUAAAGUUGAAAGAAUCUGAUUUUGUUGAUCAAUUUAACAAAUCUAAGACAGGACAGAAUUUGAAAAAUAAAGAAAAGAGAACCAAGAUGACCGAUUUUGACCGUUUUAAAUUGCAAAAGACCAAGCAAAAGAUGAACAAACUCAUUUCAAGAGCUGCAAAGAAAAUUAGUCUUGUUAGCAAAAAAGCUAAAAAGUGAAAUUGAAUAAAUUAUCUUUGAAAUAAAUUGCAAUUGUAUAAAUUA